AUGAGCCCCAGGCCGAGACGCGCGGCGGCUCAGGCCGCGGCGGUGAGCCUCGCGGCGAACGUCGACGGGGACGCCGCCGACGACGAGGGCGGAGGAGCGUGGGGAGGCAAGGGGCGGAGGACCGCGCGCGGGGCCGGGGCCGAUCCCGGGGACGACAAGGAGAACGUGGAGAACGCGGACGACGACUCCGAAGACGACGUCGCGGCGCCCACCAGGCGCAGCGGCAGGGCGCGAAGGCCCGCCAACCGCCUGCGCGACUCCGACGAGGACGAGGACGACGAUCGCGGCGCCGACGAGAACGACAACUUCGUGCGCCGAUCGUCCCGAGCCGCCAAGCCCGUCGCCAGGCUCUCCCCGGAGUGGAAGCAGCACGUCAGCGACGACGACGACGAGCCCGAGGCGGAGGAGACCGACCCGGAGGGCGAGUACGUCGAGGAGGACGACGACGAGGAGUCCACCGAGGAGGAGGAGGAGGAGGAAUCAGACGAAGAGAUCGAGGGCAUCCCGACGCGAUAUUCCCGCCGACAACGCGCCACCGUGGAGCGAUACUCCCCGAAGCCCAACGAGCGAGGCCUCGCGGGCGGCGGCGGCGACCGACGCGCCGGCCGACGCACCCCGUCCCCCACCGGCCGCAGCAGGGGACGCAAGCCCAAGGGCAAGCGCCGGUCGAGGCCCGACUACCGCGAAUCUCCGGGUGACUCCGCCGGUCGCCGCGGUACUAACGGUAAGCGGUGGAUGGACGACACCGACGACUCCGACGCCGACGCCGGGCACGCCGGUAAUCCCGGGAACUUCCCCGCGCUCUUCGGCGGCAUGUUCGGCGGCGGGCGCGCGCCGGACAUGUACCCCCUCGCUCCCCCCGGCGGCGGCGGCGGCGGCGGCGCGGUUGAGGCGGGCGGCCCCGGCGGGAAGAAGGAAGCGGCGGAUGCGGAGAUCACGCCGCUGACCGUGGACCCCACGCUCACGUUCGAGCAGGUGGGCGGUUUGUCGCAUUACGUCCACUCGCUGAAGGAGAUGGUCUUCCUGCCGCUGCUGUACCCCGAGGUCUUUGCGAGGUUCAAGAUGAAUCCGCCCCGAGGGGUGUUACUUUACGGAGCCCCCGGGACGGGUAAGACCCUUCUGGCUCGCGCGCUCGCGGCGUCUUGCUCCCGCGCGGGCGCCGAGGUCUCUUUCUACAUGCGAAAGGGCGCGGACGUCCUGUCCAAGUGGGUGGGCGAGUCCGAGCGUCAGCUCAGGCUCCUCUUCGCCGAGGCGCAGAAGCGGCAGCCCGCGAUCAUCUUCUUCGACGAGAUUGACGGCUUGGCUCCCGUGCGCUCGUCGAAGACGGACCAGAUCCACAACUCCAUCGUCGCCACGCUCCUGGCGCUCAUGGACGGUCUGGACUCGCGCGGUCGCGUCGUGGUGCUCGGCGCGACGAACAGGGUGGACGCCAUCGACGGCGCGCUGCGCAGGCCGGGCCGAUUCGACAGGGAACUCGCGUUUCCCCUGCCAAACGCCGCCGCGCGUUUCGAGAUUCUCAAGAUCCACACGCGCGCGUGGGAGAAACCCCCGCCGUCGCUGCUGCUGGAGCAACUCGCGGCGCGGUGCGUGGGGUACUGCGGCGCGGACCUCAAGGCGCUGUGCACCGAGGCUGCCGUUCACGCGCUCAGGCGGCGGUACCCCCAGAUUUACGAGAGCGACGACAAGUUGCUCAUCGACCCCGGGCAGAUCUUACCGAGCCGCGUGGAUUUCAGGGCGGCGAUGGAGGCCAUCACCCCCGCGUCGCAUCGCAGCGCGCAGGCGCACGCGAGGCCCUUAGGUCCCCUGCGCCAGCCCCUCAUGGGUCCCGCGCUGGGCAAAGCCGUGGAGGCUACGUUUCUCGCGUUUCCCCCGGCGGCGAUGGCGGCAAACGCCGACAAAAACGCCGCCGGUUCAUCCGGUUCAUCCGGUUCGUCCAAGCCGCCGACCGCCUCGAUGGUGUUCGACCUCGACGACCUCGACGACGACGACGACGACGACGGCCUGGAGCUGCUCGAGGAGCUCGACGGCGGCGGCGCGGGGGGGUUUGAAGGAGGCGCCGGCAAAACGCCUGCGGUUUCGAACAAGCGCGGGGUUUCUGACAGAGACGGUUUGUCCGGCGCCUCCGCCGCCGCCGCGCUCGCCACGGCGGCUCUCGAGUUCCUCAACUGCCCGCUCGCGCGGCAGCCCCGUUUGCUGCUCCACGGCCCGUGCGGCAGCGGGCAGGCGCCCCUCGCGGCGGCGCUGCUCCAUGAGCUCGAGGCGUUUCCGGUUCACGCGGUGGGUCUUCCCAGUCUGCUCGCCGACGGCGGCCGAUCGCCCGAGGAGGCUCUCGUGGGCGCGGUGACGGAGGCGCGACGCGCGGCUCCCGCGGUGCUGUUCCUCCCGCACCUGCGCCUGUGGUGGGACAGCGCCACCCCCACGCUCCGCGCGACGCUUCGAACGUUGAUGGAGGACGUGCCCGCGGACACCCCGCUCCUCUUACUCGCCACGUGCGACUGCGAGCGAUCCGAGCUGGACCCCGAAGCGGCGGGGUUGUUUGGCAAGGGGCAGCGGAUGCGAAUCGACGCGCCGGACGGCAGGGCGCUCGCGGGGUACUUCGAACCCAUCGUGGCCGCCGCGGUCAGGGCGGCGCGGGGUAUGGACGCGAGGGAUCGCGACGUCGCCGCGGGCGUCGACCCGGACACCCGCGGCCGUCGACAUCGGCGAACGCUCGAGACGCUCCCCAAGGCUCCGAUGCCCGGCCCGGAGGGCGACGACGCGGGCGGCGGCGGGGGCGGCGGGGGCGGGGGCGGUGCGGGCGACGCGGCGACCGCGGCGAUGAUCGCCGAGGAGGACCACGCGCUUCGCCAGCAGCGCAUGUUCCUCCGCGACCUCGUCACGCGUCUGCUGUACCGCAAGCAGUGGCGCGAUUUCGCAUCCCCGGUGGACGACGAUCAGCUCCCGGGGUACUCCAAGAAGGUGAAGGAGCCCAUGGACCUGUCCACGCUGCUGUGGAAGGUGGACAGCGGCGCGUACGCCACGAUGGACGCGUUCCUCAAGGACGUCCACCUCAUCGUGGCGGCCGCGAAGACCUACUGGGGCGGGCUGGAGCAGGAACGACGCGAGGCGAAUGACGAAGAGUUGGACGAAAACGGUUUCGACGUCGUGGAGGGACGCAAGGUUGUCUCCCGCGCGCACGCGCUGGAGGAUACCAUCCAAGAGCUCGCGGGCCAGCUGGACCCGAGCCUCGUGCAACGAUGCGCCGCCAUCGCGAGGCACAGGGCCGCGCGGGCGAGCGGCGGCGGCGGCGGCGGCGGGACCGGCGAGGGCCUGCCGCUGAUGCCCGGCGAGGGCGAUCGCGGGGAGCGCCGCAGCCGCCGCGGCGCCGACGGCGAACUCGCCGAGCAGGAGGGCGGCGGGGACAAGCGCAAGCGCAUCCACGACGAGCCCGGGUACGUGCCCGAUCCCGAGGCGCUCGCCAGGGAUCUCCGCGCCAAGCGCGCCAAGGAGGAGGCGGCGAAGAAGGAAGCCGCGGAGAAGGCCGCCGCAGAGCAGGAAGCCGCGGCGGCGGCGGCGGCGGCGGUCACCGAGGCUGCCGAGGCUGCCGCCAAAGCCGCGGCGGGGGCGAACCAGUCCAACCCGCGUGAGCGCGCGAUGAGCGCCGACGGAUCCGCGCCCAUGCAGUUCCUCGACGCGAUAGACCCGCUGACGGACGCCGAGGUGGCGACCAACUCGGCUUCGUUUGUCGACUUUCUCGUCACGCGGUGCUCGGGUAAGCCGGCGGCGGAUGCGGAGGCGCUGGCGACGGACCUGGGGCGUGCGGUGAAGACGGCGCUGUCGAGGGACGCGCUCAGGACCACGGACUGGACCCGACACCUGCAGGGCGCGCUGCAGUCGUUCAUGUCCGCGAGGACCGCGUGA